GCACUGUCACACGCUGUCUCACGGCGUCUUGAUAACUCUCACACACCCACCCACACACACACACACUCUCACACACCCACCCGCCCACCCGCACGGACGCGCGCCCGCGCGCACACGCGCUCUUUUAGUGCCCCAUUCCUCGGUCAACGUGCGUUAUGAAGCGCGCGCCUGGAUAACAUCUGGUGUUGGGGUAUUUUGGGAUUUUUUUUUUUUUUUUAUUUUUGCCUUUGGUGAAAGUGUCAUUUCAGGGUUUUUUUUUUCCUUCCCCGAGUUGAAUUGGAUUUUACUUAUGAUGCUUUUGGAUAUGCGCAAACGGGAUGAAGAGAAGCCCUUUCCUGCCCGCCGAAGUAAGAUAAAAUAGGGGUUUCAUUUACAGCGGAAUUAAUCCUCUCUUUCCCUAUGAAGAAGUCAAAAAUUUGGAUACGUACUUGUGUCCAUUUGUUGCUUUACAUCACCGUUGCUGCCUAUCCCAGUGAAAUCGGAAAUCCCAUAACAGAUGACAUCAAGAAAAUUUCAUUACUGAAACAGAAUAUUCCGAAAGACUACAAGAUCACCGUACAAUAUUUGCCGAAAGAAGUGAGUGGUAUGUGCUGGGUGAAGCUCAACAUAUUCCACUUGGAGGAGAGCUUAAAAGACCUGGCCCAGAAGUUUGGGAAUAUUUCCUCCAACAAAGAUUACAUAGGAACGUUUGUCCAAAUGCUACAAGAAAUGCGAUACAUCAUUGGACAUGGCUUGGAGGAUUCCAUGCUGGAGUUUCAGUGUCACUACAGAGAGGAGAAAUGGCUCACGCCACGCUAUUUCGAAUUCGUGGAAGACUUUUUCAACACGGCCAAUUCUUCAAGAGAAGUAGAAGACUGCGAACCUCCGCCAUGUCCAACGACGAUAAAAACGAAAGUAACGACGACGAUAGUAACAGCGGCACCGACGCAGCACCAUUCACGAGGCGGUAACUUGUCUACUGAGGACACGAAAGAGACUCCGAGUCACAUGACCUUGCCGGUGGUCGUACAGAGGAGUCUCUUUUCACUCCUUUUCCUUCCCAUCAUCGCUGCCAUGUUGCUGCUCUUCUGGAAGGUGAAAUCCAGGAGAAAUACCCCGUCGGCACAGAGUAGGACAGAAAGUCCACCGCUGUUUGUCGGAGCCGAGCCCAGCGCUCCAGCUUUAGAGGAUGAAAUAUCUGAAAAAUUAAACAACAGCUGCACAGUGUAACACGAUCCAGCUUCAUCACGACUGAUUGUACAGCGGCAAACAGAAAAGGCAGCAACUCAAGAUCCACACAUGUAACUUCCUGUUCUCUCAGCUAUGAGGGACGAGUACUGACCUCCAACAAAGAACUGCCCACUGAGUUACGAUCACGUUUCUACAUUUCUAAGAACAAUGGUUGGACCUUUUCUGUGGGAGGAGGGGAGGGUGUUUAUGGUCGUUGUUCCUUCGGAGGACUGAUGGCUUGUCAAUGGUUUGGUUUGACUGUGAUCCAUGCGUGGAGAUCAUACAGUGGAAAAAAAAAAACUCUGUCAGAUCCAAAUAAGGAGCAUUAUUUCUGGCUGAGAGUUCCCGAAUGAGCAUGAAGAAGAAUGGAAGGCAGAACCGACUACAUCUCAUCCUCUUCCCUCCUGUUUCCUGUUUCGUAGAGUUCUCUCGCUCUUUGUGUCUGAGCUUUGGGCAUCCUACUUGUUUUAAUCCAUAACAAAAAAAAAAAAAGUUAUUCUGCAGUUGUAUCAUCUGAAUCAAGUAUCAUUUUUAAUGUCGCUUAACUGGUGGCGUGGACUUAAUUUAUUUAUUUUUUUUCUCAGAAUAUGUUAUAAAAGUAAAAGGUUUUUUUGCUGCUCCUGCAUGGGUAGUGAGGGGAGUGAGAUGAUCGUGGAACUGCUACGCUUGAAUCCCAUGCUCCUUAAACCGCAGCUGUCACACUAAUGCUCACCCUUGGGCUGUCUAACAAUAAGCUUUCUUACUUUUAAAACCUGUUCACUCCAUUUACAGAAUUCAUACUAGAGGCAUCAGUGAGAUUAACAAGAAUCGACUAGUUGCGAUUCACGAGUUCAGUCAGACUUGCUGUUCGGUUUCACACGCUACCGAAACGUGAACAGUUUGAAGUAUCCGAAAUGAACUUUAAUGGCUGACGGUCUUCCAGGACAAUUAAUGUGUUCACCAAAACUGACUUAAAGCUAGACUGCCUUUCAGAGUUUUCAAGUGUAGGUCAUAAAAAGAAUUUUCCCCAACACCCAGUUAUUUUUGUUUAGUGGACCGAAAGCUACUGAAUUCGAAUCACAGACUUCCAAUUUUAUUUGUUUUCUUAAAUAGAACAAUUAAUGAAUUUACAACCACGUGGCCCUAAAUUCUCCACUAUUUUUUCCUGCUUCACCAUGACCCAAUACAAGAUAAUACGUUAUGCAUCAUGUGGUGGGCUUUCCCCGUUUGCGCAAGGCAUUGUGGGAUACAAAUUUGAAACAGGAGAGAAAAAUGGAGGAUGUGAGGGUGCGAAUGAAACGUGAUCAGCUGUUCGUUUAUAGCGACGGAAUGAUGGAACUGUCAGUGCACGCUCAAAGGUAAACCUGCGCAUGCGCACACACACGGACUUCCUCUGUCUGCUUGACUGCGCGAAGCGAGCGAUUUCAUGCACAUUAUUUGCUUUAAUCCCCUCAAAUUAAAUAAUUUUUCAGCCACAGAACAGAAUGGCCUGAUAUUUUGUGAGAUUACAGAAAUAAACAUAUAUCACAAUGACCACAUUUCAGAGGGAACUAAAUUUCACCGAUUUUAUGAAAUCGAAAGGCCGUCUCGCUUCAACACACGGUUUCCAAAGUUUAUAAUGAACAUUAUUACAUUUUAAUAGAUGUUAUCAUAUAAUAAUAGAUGAUAAGAUUCUCUGGAGGAAAAAAAAACAAGGCAUUUAUAUUUUUCUGCUCUACAAACAUGAAAUCAUUUCACAAAAGGCCUUGGAUCUGACAUUUUACAUUAGGAUUUCACUUUUGGAAUCCUGUAUCAUUUGUUAAAGGAAGUCCCCAUGACACUGAUCCUGGAUAAGCAGCCUUUUUUUUUUUUUUUUUUUGUGUGUGUGUGUGUGUGUGUGUGUGUGUGUGUGUGUGUGUGAUAUUUGUAAUGGAAGAGCAUUCAUUAAAACACUGUGAGUAACACUUAACAUCAAGGCUCCCAUAACUAACACUCUUCUCAGUGAUCUUAAAAAAAUUCUUAUUAUGCACAACUGAAGAAAUGUUCACUUAUGAUGUUUCAGUGUCUUUCUUAGCUGAAUAGCUGUCAGCUAAGAAAGACAUUAAAAUGUCAUAAGUAAGUGGACAUUUCUUCAGUUGUGUAUAAUAAGAACUUUUUUUAAGAUUAGUAAUCAACCAACUGGCUGAAACUUUUCGAGAUUCUUCUCAGUGAGUCAAAUCAUUUGGUUCACCAAUGAACAAGAGUCGGCUCUUUUGGCUCCCGGUCAGCCAUUUUGUUUUGGUUUUUUCAUAUAUAUGAUGACAUUGAUGACGUACAUUUCAGCUACAGUACUGUACAAAAGUCUUAGGUACAUAUAAAGAAAUGCUGUUGAUCAAAAAUGGCUUAAAAAGUAAUGAAAUUAAAUGUUUCAACAUUAAAAAAAUCUUAUAAACACUAAGGAGUUAAGCCAUAAUAAAUCAGUAUAACAAAGUCAAUAUUUGGUGUGAGACGACCCUUUGCUUUUAAAAAAAUAUAUAUAGUAGUCUCAGGUCCAGUGAGUGCAGUUUUAUAAGGAAAUGAAAUGUAGGUUUUACUGAACAUCUUACAGAACCAGCCACAGUUCUUCUGGACACUUUGACUGUUACACUCACUUCUUCAUUUUGCACCAAAACUUUUGCACCAUUAUGUUUUCUUUUUUAAUCUGAAAAGUGCGCUCUUAUGGAAUAUGCUGCUCAAAUACAAACUUUAUUUUUUCUGCAACAUUUAAUUUUAUGCUGGAAAAAAAUGAACGUUUGGAACUCUAAAAUGUUUUGUAAUGUUUUAGACUCGAUAAUGUAGAAGGCAUAAAAUAGAAAUCUAUAACAAAGUUUGUGUGAAGAAAAAAAUGCAGCGCCAAGACUUUUGCACAGUACUGUAGGUAUCUAAUCGUAAACAUGGUCAUGGUGGACUCUUGUACACUGUUUGGACAGACAGAAACGAAAUUGUUAAUUCAAUUUAAUUAAUGGAGAGAAUGUAUUAUUUCAAAGUUACGUAAAUAAAUACCACCUUCUCUAACCAGUGUUUAAUCUCUCUCUAGCUAGCUAUCAUGUCUCUAUCUAUCUUGCUGUCUCUGUCUAUUAGUAUGUACACUUAUACAGUGCUCGUUAAGUGCACACUGAGUUAAUUUUACUCAUGAGUGGAUUAAGGAAUGAGUAAGGUUUAAAAAAAAAUUUGUGUUUGCUGUUACGGGGGGAAGUAAAAUAAAUAAAUAAAUGAGACCGUCAAUGGUGUAGCUCACUCAGGCCCCGUCUAGUCCAGAAGAAACGAUCUAAAGUGGGCCACCUUCCUUGUGCAGUAAAUGUUGCAGGCUAUAUAGACUAUAUACAAGCUAUAUAUAGAAGCGAUAUCCACCCUAGGAAUACCGACCUAUUUACCAGAAAGAAUCCAAAACGGCAAGGAAUUGACCGCGAUUUUUGUUGAACUGCUCAUUAAGGCUUAAUUGGUCCAUAACUUCAUUAAUAAUUGUAAUUAUUCUUGUAAAAUCUGGGUAGACGUUCUAUGCACCCUAGGUACCCCUACCUUCAUGCCAGAAAGAAUCAAAAUCGGUGAAGAAUUGAGGGAGAAGAAGCGAUUUGUGUGGAAACUGCUCGUUAGGGCUUAAUUACUCCAUAUCUUCAUUAUUAAUUGCAAUUAUGCAAAUUUGGGUAGAAGCUAUAUGCACCCCAGGCAGACUGACGUUCCUGCCAAAAUGAAUAAAAAUCAGUGAAGAAUUGAAAGCGAAGAAGCGAUUUUUGUGAAAUGUUGACGACGCCGGACAGACAGCACAUGAUGGGAUAAGUUCAUCGCCUGUCGGCCAGUUGAGCUAAUAAUAAAUAACAACAAAAAACAUCAUUUUCCUAUAACAGCACCUCCAAAAAAAAUUUUAUUUCCUUUUUUGGCCAAUUAUUACAAUUUUAAAAUGUAUUAAUUUAUUAAGUAACACUUUUUUGUGUGUGUUUUUUAACCAGUUUUCCAAGUCUUUAAGGCACAUUGGGCGGCGCCAAUCUCCGUUUCGAUAGCCCUCGGCCUCUCACCUAUAGAGCUAAGGUUACAGUGGGGGGCGGGUCCUCUGGUAACCGCGAGAGUUUGACUUCCCUACUCACAUCUGUAUUGCAGCGUGCCUUGUCAGACGGCAGUAGGUACCAUUUUUAUGAUGAUUUUUGAUAUGACCCGACCGCAAGUAGAACUUGCGAUCUCCCGAGAAGCGGACACGCUAACCACUAGGCCAACUCACGGUUUAAUCAAUUAUAGCUACAUUUAAAAAUUUAUGGACCAUCUACAAACAGGUGUUAACUCACCAGCCUGUCUUUUUUUCCCCUCUAUUGAAGUGAAUAAGACCAAAAAUAAAGCGUGUAAACUCCUCCUUCCUUCUGAAUAGAAGCACUAACACUAGAGACUCCUUUCAUAAAACUUACAUAAUAAUAAUAAUAAUAAUAAUCUCUUUACAGAAAACUUCGUCAAUGAGGCCACAUGACAUGACACUUUCUUUGUUUUGUAUCAAGACGUUUUCUUAAUUUCCUCGCCUUGGGCUUCAUAGAGUGUCCGCUUGUGAUCGAGUUGUUGUUAUUAUAGAAACAAUAAUUAUUAUAAAUAACGUUAACGUUACCACAUGAACCUGAGAUUUGUAUUAUCCUCAAGAAUGAAUUGACACCACCUUUCUGUUUGAGAAAUGAACAGUGCUAUGGGAGAAAUACUACUCCUGGCUUGUAAAGGCUGUAACUAAUGUUAGUUAUGCAACCCCUUAAAGUCAAGUGUUACCAAACAGUGUCUGUUUGCUCUUCUCAAGCUUCAGAAUCGCUUCGGGCUCAACGUGACUCAUCUCCAGUGUGCUGUUGUCUAUUUAUGAAAGUCAAAAAUUUUGUAUGGCAUUUUCUGUUUGUUCUUAGUCUGUUUCUCAGAACUGAUCUGUAGAUAUUGAUUGUGUAACAGCUAUCGACAACGUAGUCCACUUUGAUACAUUUCAGAUGAAGCUCUGAGAUUCGUUUGAUUUUUUUUUCUUUGUACCCAGAGUUAUCCUGUGUGGGUUUCUCUCUCUCUCUCUCUCUCUCUCUCUCUCUCUCACUGGUUGUAAUGAUCUGUGUGGAAAUGACCUGUUGUUGCUGCUUCAAAGCAUUUUUAACAUUUUUAACAACUUUUAUAGUUGUACAACUCAACUCCGGUAUAAAUCCGUUACCCUGAUCAUGCAUUACCACCAAGGUUCCUCUCAAGGACGGCCUGGAACGACAGCAGGAAUUCCAAAAUUGAAAUCUGCCCAUCAUUGAACGUUUACGGUCUUCUAUUCAUUACGGCAGCAACUCAAAACUUUUUUUUUUUUUGUCAAAUACCUUUUUAAAAACUAUCCUCUUUCACCAGAACUAAUCAAUGUAUUGACUUCUAUAUUAGUAACAGAAUUAACACAAGGUUGUGUGAAAACUAUUUACCCAUCAGAUAUGAAAUAUGUGUAGAAAUACUGCUUUUUACUGAUGUAGAGAAAAAAAUACCUUGCCGAUGUUACAAGUGUGAGUGUGCAUGCGGUGAAGUGAAAUGUUGUGUUUAAGUUGGCUUAGCUUUGAAGUGAACGCCUGUGUACAAAAAAAAAUAGAUAUAUAUGUUAACGAGUCAAACAGGAAGAAUGCAUCAGUGUGGUUUGAUUGUUCUUUGUAACUGAAAAAAAAACAAAUAUAACAACCACAUGUAACAAGUUAAGAAGAAUAGUUGUACCAGAACACUAAUCACCAUAGACACUUUCACAGAUGUUAUUUUUAUUUUGUUGGUGUGAUGACAGGCCUAAGCUGUGAAAAUUUUAUAUGGGGGCAUCCUUUUCUUUUUUUUUUAAAUUGGCCCACCCACCUACAAGCCUCUGACCUCGAACCUGUGGACAGCAUGUGACAUGUCAAUGGACUUAUUGAAGGCCGUCAUGAAUCUAAGACUGAUUUCUGUUGCGUAUGUAUAAGAACACUUCUUCAUCCAGGACAAAUCCUCAUGUCUGGACAUGAGGUUUUUUUUAAAAAAAAAAAAAAAGUCCUCCAUGGAAUCACGGGAACAAGAAGAGGCGCACGACACCUGCCGUAGAAAUCCCUGUUCCUGGGAGUUUGGACUGUCAUGCAGCAAGAAGGCUCUUAGUCAAGGAAGAUCGUCAGGGUGCCAAAAGCAAAUAAGUAAUUGUGGCCCAGGUGAUGUGAUAUCUGGGUGACAGUCUACUGUAUUCUGUAUUUUUAUACGAAUAUAUGCAUAUAAUGAAAAUAUAUGUAUGAGAUGUGAAUAAAGUACAUUUAUCCAA